AUGAAAGUCACUACUAUUCUUCUUAUUCUUUUUUGCCUUCCUUGCGUGGCCACCAGCACCGAAGAUGAUUUUCAAGGUACAGUAAAGCAAAGAACCAUACAUUUCUUUAUGAAAUUUAGAAAAUUUUUUGAACUUCAUUAAGGCAGGUUAAACUAUCGUGUUUGUAUUCUGCUGAUAGUUAAUUUCACUCGGAAUCACUCUUGGAGUUGAAUAAACAAAAGCAGAAAAAUUCAGAAUUCACUGCUGAAGGAAAUUAAAUAUUAUUAAUACCUUCUUCUUUUUCGAAUUUUACGCGGAGAAUGCACAACGAAUACCAUUUGCCUUGUACAUGUAGGUUUUAGUGAAUCGUAUCCGUCAUUUCUCCGUAAAAACACAUUUUGUCAUCCACGUCUUUCUUUUGAAUGAAAUUAGAAUAUUUUAGCUGUAGAAUCAGUGACAAAAUUUUAGGCCUCGUAGGCUCAGGCCUAGGUAAAAUAUCGAGCUAUUCAUGAGACGAACCGAACUUGGUGAGUUAAAUUCAUGAAAAGUUCGACGUCUGGCUCCGUUAAGUUCGUCUUAAAAUGAUUCGGAUCUUCCAACACCGUUCUAUCCGUCUGCUUCAGACUGAUAGAACGUCUGAAAAUCGUCUCCGGGACAAACGUCCAUCUUCACAUGCGACGAACUACAAACUUAUAAGUUAAAAUUUGUAUGAUAAUGUAUAAUUAGCCUCAUUAUAAAAGAGAAAAUUUAUCAAAAUUGCGUUUUAAUAGGAUUCAGUUGAUUGGUUCGAGGCGUCCUAAAUUCGACUUCUGACCCAAAAGACGAUCUUAACUUAUUUUAGGUCGACCCAAAUUAGCGUUUGGUUCAUCUUUUGAAAAGUUUGCGGUUUGGCCUAGGCCUCAGAUUUUUUUCAUCGAUAAUGGUUAUCUUCACGCCGAUGGAGUUGGUUGACUGUGCGAGCACUACCUUAUUUGUCCUAAACGGAUAUUGUCAUUUGCAAGAACACUGUAUUCUUCCGCUGCUAUUAGGGAGCUUAAGCAACAGCGUUUUUGAGCGGCGCACGUUAACCGGAAGUGGACUUUUUUUCAUUCGUGGGCAAUGUUUUUGCCCAAAUGUUCAGGCGAAAUGACUGUACUAGAGGAAAGAAAGACAGCAAAACAAAUGUGGUGGUUUCAAGGUAUAUUAAACGAUAAAAGGCCCUACUUCAGGUUGAAGUGCGUCGCUCAAAAACGCCUUUGCUUAACCCUGUAAGCCCUAAGAGUGAUGAGCAUCAAAUUUCUCCUUGUAAUAUCAAUGCUUUGUACAACAGAGCGGUCAUGAGAAUUACGGACAUGAUCACGCAAGAUGAAUUUGCUUGAUAUUUUAUCAACUUCUCCCCACUACUUCUAUAGGAAAUGAAUAGGGGCAACAAAUGAGACUUCAAAUUUUGAUCUUAGGGUUUAAAGGGUUAAGCUCCUUAUUGAUAGUGAAAUUCAAAAUACACACCUUACAGAUGAAUAUUAUUGCAAAUCAGAACGUACUUUUGUUUUUUCUCUAGUUGAAUGUUCUAUACUGUCAAACGCCAUGUUCAAACACGCAACAAAUUUUCAUGAUAACGGGCCUUUUUCUUCUCCUAGCUUUAGAAGUAACAGUCAGCACUGUAAUCAGUUAAUAAAACCUUGCAGGUUGUUACUGGACGGUUUAUAUUUUAAUUCACUCGGUUUUUCGAACUAUAAUAAUAAUAACAUAAUUUAUAUAGCGCUAACUCCACUAAUUGACCAAAGCGCUUAAAGGUGUUUAAAGGCUUUAAGGUGACUUCAGUAGAAUUGCCUUGAAGUAUAUGUACGUGUCAAACUGACACGUACAUAAAGAAGACAUAUACUUGGUAUUAUAAAUUGUGGUUUUACGUUCAGGGGUCCAAGGAAAAGCCUUAUACUAUAAUAAUGUCCAUAGUAUUCAUCAAUCUGAUUGCUACAAAUCAUUUAUUCUUGUAUUUUUACUAAAUUAAUUUUCUGUGAACGUGACUAGUUAAAUGAAACUUAUUAACAGUUAUAUCUGAUAUCAUUUACAUUUAGAUUCUUUAGAUUUCUAAAAAUUUAUGGGUGCUAAUACCUUUAAAGGAAGUAACGGGGACUUACUCAUUAAAAUUGUUGUAAAUUUAUCGUGUAUUGUUUUUUAAAUUUAAAAACUGGUCUCCGGAUGAUAUUGUGAAUUAAUUCACUCGUUUGCUGAUAUUCUCUUAGCAACGCAAGACCAUGCACGUGAAUUUUGUCGUAUAUUACUAAUAAUAUAUGAUAUCGACGUGAUAAUUUUCAAUGUUCUGUAAGUCUCCCAGCUAACCCUCAGUUAUCGAAAUGAUCGAUUAUCAGUCUAGAUUAAUGGCAUAUGAUUAGUGUCACUUUAGUAGGACAGUAUUUAGGGGUAAUAAAUCGUGGCGGAUAACAUACCUGAUAAAUACGGAUAUUUGAUUAUUUAUUGCACAGAGAGCACACGUGACGAAGGAAUUCCUUUAACAGAGGAGGAAGAGCAAGAGGAUGAUGAAAAUCUGAAUGAAAUCGAAGUUAAUCAAAGUAGGUUUAAACUUCAGGUACAUUGCAGGAGUUUUGGUUAGAGCCCCCUGCUCUCCGUCUCCCUCUUCCCCCGCCAAGUUUUUUCGAAGAUUCGAGAUCUUCGUGUUUACAGUCUUCUUUUUUAUCAUGUAAUAUCACCCUGAUUUAGAAGACUUAAGCACCUUCCUCGAUAUUCAGCGGUUAUGAAAAAAAAGGACUUUGAAUUCAUGAUUAGAGUUAGAUUCUCUCAAUAGGACGAUAUGGUCGCCUUUCCUUUUAAGGUAAAUCAAUAUAGCCGACUUGACGUGGCGUCAAAAUGGCGGCUAACGGAAAACUCAGUAAAUUUCAUCAUGUCAUUAUCUCACAGAGCUGCCAACAUAUAUGGUCAUCGGAAAAAGUCCAGGUAAAAUUUUCUCAUUUUUUGAAGACAACGUUCCUGUUGUUGGAUAUGAUGACCGAAAAGAUCAAAAUUGAUACAGAAUAAUUUAUUUGCAGCUGAAGAAUAACAUGAUACAUGAAUCAGUAAAGAAUCAAACCAGUAUUAUCAAGUGAACACACAUUUGUAAAAGACCAGAAAACAUUGAUGUUACGUUAAGAUCACGACAAAACAGAUAUGAAUUAGAUCUUAAUGUUUUGUGAUUUUUUAAAGGGAAUGGAGUUGAUGCAUUUGAAGGAGACAUAAUGAUGACGGCAGAGCAGUACGAAGAACUGAAAAAAGAAUUUGAACAAACAGGGCAAAAAUUGCCUCAGCAUUAA